AUGUCUCUACUACCAUUCAUCCUUGGUUACGAACACCCUCACCGUAUCUUGGACCAGGAUUUCGGCUUGGCUUUAACACCGGACGAUCUACUUACUGCCGCUGUGGCUCCGAUGCUGUCCCGCGACUACUACAGACCCUGGCGCCAACUUGCAGCUGCUGCACGUGAUGUGGGCUCCACCAUCAAAUCUGACAAAGAUAAGUUCCAAGUCAACUUAGACGUACAGCACUUCGCGCCGGAAGACAUCACGGUUAAAACGGCUGACGGUUACAUUGUGGUCGAGGGUAAGCACGAGGAGAAGAAGGACGAACACGGUUUUAUUUCGCGUCAGUUCACCAGACGAUAUGCUCUCCCUGAUGGGUGCAACCCAGAAGCAGUGGAAUCGCGGCUCUCUUCCGAUGGCGUGCUCACAGUAUUCGCCCCGAAAAGUGCACCUGCGUUGAAGAACGAGAGAUCGGUUCCCAUCGCACAGACGGGACCAGUGAGGAAGGAGAUCAAGGAUCAGACGUCGCAGGCUAGUGCCAACGGGGAGAAGUGA